UGUAGACGCAAGAUGGCGACGGCGGCCCAUGCUACCGCCGCUGCGGAGCCCGAGGCCGAGCCUAAGGCUGGGCCCGGGGCCGAGGAGGAGGAGGAGGAGGACGCGAACGAAGCCAAGGCGGCCAGGAAGAGAAGCGAAGUGAUGACUCUGGAGCUAGCCUGGGACGAGCCGGAGGAAGGCGUGAGCGAGAGCGAUGGCGACGGGGAGAACUCUCCCGGGGAGUGGGAGCUGGAGGAAGAGGAGGAGAAGAACCAGCUGGAGAUCGAGAGGCUCGAGGAGCAGCUGUCCAUCAACGUCUACGACUACAACUGCCACGUGGACCUCAUCAAGGUGCUCCGGCUGGAGGGGGAGCUGGACAAAGUGAGGGCGGCCCGCCAGAAGAUGAGCGAGAUCUUCCCCCUGACUGAAGAGCUCUGGCUGGAGUGGCUGCAGGACGAAGUCAGCAUGGCAGCGGAUGGCCAGGACCGCGAGCACGUGUACCAGCUGUUCGAGAGAGCCGUGCAGGACUACAUCUGUCCUAACAUUUGGCUAGAGUAUGGCCAGUACUCAGUCGGUGGCAUUGGUCAGAAAGGUGGCCUUGAGAAAGUUCGCUCUGUGUUUGAAAGAGCUCUGUCGUCUGUUGGUUUGCACAUGACCAAGGGGCUGGCCAUCUGGGAGGCUUAUCGAGAGUUUGAAAGCGCCAUCGUGGAAGCUGCUCGGCUUGAGAAAGUGCACAGUCUCUUCCGGCGACAGUUGGCGAUCCCGCUCUACGAUAUGGAGGCCACGUUUGCCGAGUAUGAAGAGUGGUCAGAAGACCCCAUUCCGGAGUCAGUGAUCCAGAGCUAUAACAAAGCGUUGCAGCAGCUGGAGAAAUACAAGCCCUAUGAGGAAGCCCUGUUGCAAGCAGAGGCCCCGAGGCUGGCAGAGUACCAAUCGUACAUUGACUUUGAGAUGAAAACUGGUGACCCUGCUCGCAUCCAGUUGAUCUUUGAGCGCGCCCUGGUUGAAAACUGCCUUGUCCCAGACUUAUGGAUCCGUUACAGUCAGUACCUAGACCGGCAGCUGAAAGUGAAGGACGUGGUUUUGUCUGUGCACAGCCGCGCUGUUAGAAACUGCCCCUGGACAGCUGCCCUGUGGGCUCGGUACCUCUUGGCCAUGGAGAGACAUGGAGUUGACCAUCAAGACAUUUCUGCAACCUUUGAGAAAGCUUUGAGUGCUGGCUUCAUCCAGGCCACAGACUACGUGGAGAUUUGGCAGACCUACCUAGAUUACCUGCGGAGGCGGGUUGACUUCAAACAAGACUCUAGCAGGGAACUGGAAGAGCUGCGUGCCACAUUCGCCCGCGCUUUGGAGUAUCUGCAGCAGGAGGUGGAAGAGCGGUUUAAUGAGAACGGAGAUCCUAGCUGCGUGGUCAUGCAGAACUGGGCUAGGAUUGAGGCUCGACUUUGCAAUAAUAUGCAGAAAGCUCGGGAACUCUGGGACAGCAUCAUGACCAAAGGAAACGCCAAAUACGCCAACAUGUGGCUUGAAUAUUACAACCUGGAAAGGGCGCACGGUGACACGCAGCACUGCCGGAAGGCGCUGCAUCGCGCCGUCCAGUGCACCAGCGACUACCCGGAGCACGUCUGCGAUGUGCUGCUCACCAUGGAGAGGACGGAAGGUACUUUAGAAGACUGGGACUCGGCUGUUCAGAAGACUGAGACUCGCUUAGCCCGGGUCGCUGAGCAGAGGGUGAAGGCUGCGGAAAAGGAGGCCAGCCUCGCACAGCAGGAGGAAGAGAAGGCGGAACAACGGAAGAAGAUGCGGGCUGAGAAGAGGGCCCUGAAGAAGAAAAAGACCCGUGGCGCCGACAAGCGCAAGGCGGGAGAGGAGGAGGAGGCCGAGGACCAGUGGGGCGGCGAGGAGGAAGGCGGAGCCGAGCAGCCCUCUAAGCGCCGGAGGGUGGAGGACAGCGUGCCGCCGGAUGCGGAAGGAGAAGCAGGGAAGUCGGGGAAAUGGGCGGCCGGAGACGUGGGUCCUCCAGCAAAGCAGAAGGAGAAGGCGGUCGCUGCGCGGCGUGACCUGCCCAGGGUGGCCCAUGACAGCAGCAAGGACAGCGUCACGGUGUUCGUCAGCAACCUGCCCUACUCCCUGGACGAGCCGGCUGCCAGGCUCAGGCCGCUCUUCGAGGCGUGCGGGGAGGUGGUGGAGGUGCGCCCCGUCUUCAGCAACCGUGGGGACUUCCGCGGGUACUGCUACGUGGAGUUUCCCGACGAGACAGCCGCCCUGCAGGCCCUGCGGCUGGACCGCACCAGCGUGGAGGGGAGGCCCAUGUUUGUGUCCCCCUGCGUGGACAAGAGCAAGCACCCCGACUUUAAGGUAUUCAGGUACAGCACCGCCCUGGAGAAACACAAGCUCUUCAUCUCUGGCCUGCCCUUCUCCUGCACCAAGGAGGAGCUGGCAGACAUCUGCAAGGAGCACGGCGCUGUGAAGGACCUCAGGCUGGUCACCAACCGGGCCGGCAAGCCCAAGGGCCUGGCCUAUGUGGAGUAUGAGAACGAGUCCCAGGCGUCCCAGGCGGUCAUGAAGAUGAACGGCAUGACCAUCCGAGAGAACACCAUCAAGGUGGCCAUCAGCAACCCCCCUCAGAGGAAAGUUCCAGAGAAGCCGGAGGCGGGGAAGGCGUCCCACGGCCCCACGGUGCUGAGGCAGACCUACGGAGCGCGCGGGAAGGGGAGGACUCAGCUGGCUCUGCUGCCUCGCGCCCUGCAGCGCCCGAGCGCGGCGGCCCCUCCAGCGGAGAACGGCCCGGCCCCGCGCCCCAGCGCCCCCGCCCAGGCCUCCGAGACGCCCAAGAUGUCCAAUGCCGACUUUGCCAAGUUGUUUCUGAGAAAGUGAGCGGGACUCUGAGACUGGAAAUGCCUUAAUCGUGCCAGCACCUGGGUCAGAGGGCCGAGCACGGCGCUUGCGCCCAGACCCUGCUGAGCAGAACGGGAGCACGUGCUCCACGCGGACACUGGAGUGCUCCCUCACAUUGAGGGCCGGCCCACGUGCUGGGCACGGAGCAAGAGCAGAAGGGACACGGGAACAUGGCUCUGGAGACCCUCGCCCCGGUGCUUCCGCCGCCCGGCCGGUGCUGGCCUGUCAUGGCCCGGG